GUUUCCCUGGUGACGCCGCCUCCGGCCCGGGAAACGCUGUUGGCGUUGUGCUGGCAACCAAGGGAUGGUGAUGGCGGCCGCGGCGGCAGCAGCAGAAGAAGGCGAGCCGGUCGAGCGGGGCCCCGGCGCCGUUCACCACAUGUUCGUUGUGAUGGAGGACUUGCUGGAGAAGCUGAAGCUGCUCAACUACGAGGAAGAGGCGGCGCUGAGGAGCCACAACAUGAGGCCGCCCUCCAGGCACUACUUUGCAUUGCCCAUUAACCCUGGUGAACAGUUUUACAUGUUCUGCACUCUUGCUGCCUGGCUGAUUAAUAAAGCAGGGCAUCCUUUUGAACAACCGCAAGAAUAUGACGACCCAAAUGCAACAAUAUCCAGCAUACUCUCUGAGCUGCGGUCAUUUGGAAGAUCUGUGGAUUUUCCUCCAUCAAAGUUAAAAGCAGGCUAUGGAGAGCAAGCAUGUUAUGUUCUUGAUUGUUUAGCAGAAGAAGCUUUGAAAUAUACAUCCUUUGCAUGGAAAAGGCCCACUUAUCCAACAGAAGAGGUAGAAGAAGAAGCAAUAACAGAGGAUGAUGCUGAACUGACUCUUAAUAAAGUAGAAGAAAUAAUUGCGGAAGAAGAGACAGACAAUGAGGAAAACUACAUUGAUCUGAAUGUUUUAAAAGCACAGACUUACAAAUCAGACAUGAUUGAAGCAAAGCAAGAAGAGAUUUUAGAAUCCACAGUAGAUGCUGCUGAGUGGAACCUUGAGGUGGAACGGGUUCUUCCACAACUGAAAGUUACAAUCAGAACUGAUAAUAAGGACUGGCGAAUCCAUGUAGAUCAAAUGCAUCAACAUCAAGAUGGAAUUGAAUCAGCUUUAAAAGAUACCAGGGGCUACCUUGACAAACUUCAUAAUGAAAUCAGCCGAACUCUGGAAAAAGUUAGCAGUCGAGAAAAGUACAUCAACAACCAACUAGAGCAUUUGGUUCAAGAGUAUCGUUCUGCACAAGCCCUACUGAGUGAGGCCAAAGAGAAAUACCAACAAGGAAGUGGAGGUGUGACAGAGAGGACUAGGAUCCUGUCAGAGAUUACUGAAGAAUUAGAAAAGGUAAAGCAGGAAAUGGAAGAAAAGGGCAGCAGUAUGACUGAUGGUGCUCCUUUAGUCAAGAUUAAACAAGCUUUAACCAAACUGAAACAAGAAACCGUUCAGAUGGACAUACGAAUUGGCGUAGUGGAACACACGUUGCUUCAGUCAAAGCUGAAAGAAAAAUCAAACAUGACUAGAGACAUGCAUGCUACUAUCAUUCCAGAUUCUUCCAUUGUCGGCACCUAUUAAAUUUGUUUGAUGUUCAUUUUUUUAAUGCUAUGUAAACCAUUUUGUGAUAUGACAUACACACACACACACACACAUAUAUAUAUAAAACUAUGUAUGUCAUUUUACAAAGCCAUAAAUUUUGUUUUUAUACAUGCAGCAAUGUUAUGUUUCUGUAUGUUUUAUUAUAUAGCUUUUUGUAAAAAAAAAAAGUUAAUAAAAUUUCAUUAACAAGCUCCUGGUAUGAUAAAUCAAAGGGCUGUAAAGGUAUUAUCGGAAAGAAUAAUAAUAUUGGAAAGAAAGUGUCUGCUACAAAAAUGAAUGUUGCAGAGCAUACAACUUGUAAUAUGAAUUUCAUUGGGACUGGUGUCCAUUCUCUAUAGGUUUUCUAUCAGAACUGUUGGGAUUAUAGGGCCAGGAAUUACAUCUGGCCGUACUCCCCCCCCCCCCCCCAGACACACACACACACACACACACACACACACACACGUCUUUUCUAACAUAACCCUGGCAGGAAAUGUUAUGCCUUCAUGUGGAAAAUGGGUCUGAUUUAAGAUAAGUUGUUACUACAUAUAUAAGCGUUAGACAUUUUUUUCUCAAAUUAGUAUCUCACGUGGAGGGAUACAUUGUUUUCCAUUACUGUAAUCUACACUGAUGGGCAAGAGUCGGAAGGAUGUUUGCAGUCAAGGAAUGAGUGUGGUAUCCUGUAUCCUUUGAGAAAGGUUUUAUUUGAUAAGGAUAUCUAAACUGAUUCAAAAACAGAAGAUGAUGCUGAGUCCAGAGUGGGUGGAAUUGAGCCCGUGAGGGGGCAGUGGUGGCAUUAAUGAAGGGAUUUAUGCCUUCGUGACAGAAGGCCUAGGCAUCCUGGAGAGUCUGAGAACGUGUGUACUUUUUUUUCUUUGAAGUCAGUGUAGCUUUGUUGGACUUUUGUGGCAACUUCUACUUAUGUAUAAAGUAAAUUUUAAAGCCCUCUGUUCAUAGUUAUUGGUUUAGAAACCUUACCACUCAGUACUACGUCCUCACUACCUCUUAGCUUUAAUGUUAUGUCCCUCUUUGGCAAAGACUAGGCACAGUCUAUUCUUUAUUGUGACCAGAAUGCGGGUAAUCCAGCCUGUGAGAAUAACCAAUUACUGUAAUACAUUAGCCUUUAGAUACCUUUCUAGGUUCAUGCCCCAUAUCAAAAUCAUCUUGAGUGGUUUUUGUUGGUGCAACAGUUUGUUCCCAGUAUUAAUUUACUUUAAAGAGCUAGAGUUACACACAGUUCUACAGAAGUAUCUGACCCUCUUGAUAUUUCCAGUUUAAUAUACCCUUGUAGGGCAUAGCUAGUGACAUCACUCACAGGAUUCCCUUCCUGGAGACAUUGCAUACAGAGAUUAUUUUAUUCCUCCUAUUGACCCAUCCACACUAGGUAAUUUUCCUUUCUACCACAUUUCCAUUAAGCCUGUUACACCACCCUUUUUUUUAAAAAAAAAAUCAAGCAAUCUAGUUCUCUGGUUUUGGCAUGGAGGCUUAUGGUAUUAGCAGACAACACUGUACAUGAGUUUGUGUCCAAAUGACUAAAGUUUUCAUUUCUCUGUUUUUUUUUUUACCUCUAUGAUCAGCUAUCAUACCCAUUUGUAACAUACGCUUACUCCAUUACCAUUCUAAGUGAUUAAAAGCAAUUUCACCCUAAUCUCACAGAAAUAAUCUCUUCUGAAGCAGACAUCGCCCAAAUUGAGGUUGAUCUUACUCUAUUUUGAAAUAUACUCUGCCACAUUUCAGUAGAAUGGUUCUAUACUGGCUCAAGUGCAACAUACCUGAAAUCUUCCAAAUUGUCAAAAUAAUUGGUAGCAUUUACACUUUUUUUUUCACCAGACCAGCAGGUCACUAUGUAGAUGUACCUGUCAAUCACAAACCCAACAAUCUCUAAGGUUCAAUCACCCACUAUCAGACAUACAACAGACAUAACUAGUGUAUAGAGCAACUCUUCUCAAGAAAUGAUUUUUCUUCUCAGAAUGACACUUUCCUUUCCCAAAGACCUGCAUUUGUCAUGAGAGCAGAGAGACUCCUAUGAAGUAAGAUGCCAUUGUUAUAUUGCCAAAGCUUUGUCUAUCCAUCUCUCAGCUGCAAGAGCCAGUAGAAAACAAAAUUGCUCUUUGAAAAGUAGAAACCCAUUUUAAAGUGCAUAGUUAAACCUCUCCCCAGUGUUGUGUGUCACACAAUAUCCAGGACUGCAAUAUCCAAUAUCCACAGUCCCACAUGUUUUCUCUCUUAAUGACUAUUUUCCCUUCCUUGGAUCUCAUGCGCAAAUAAUUGCUAGGAGUUAGGAGUCAAUCUGUAACCCACUCUGCCAUGUUGUAAAGACUAGUUCAAAGUAUCCAUUCAGCCUCUAGAAAAUAGGCAAUUUUGCCAUAUUUUGCCUAGUUCCGAGGCCAUUUCAGUAUAAGGAGGCACCCUUUUACCCCUAAGUUAGGAUUUCUGAAUUAAAACAUAUGUUUGUUUGUUUAUUUGUUUGUUUGUUUGUUUGUUUGUUUUGGGGGCUUUGUCUUGGAAUAUGGAGGAAAUUUGCCAUGCUUUCCCCCCUGCAUCUGUUUUAGGAUCAAAAGAGACGCUUUUGACAAAAGGAAGACAACUGAUUUUUCCAUGUGACUUCCUGAUGCCAAAAAAGGGGGGUUUCUCCUGUACUACAAAGCCCCAGGGGACAGGAAAAAUGGGCCAGAUUUUUCCCCAUGUCUUCUUGGGGAUGUCAAAAUGUUGUUUUGCAAAACAAUUGAAGAACGGGGUAGGGGCUUGGGGGGGGGGUACAUCUCAGUUGCUUUAAUAGAAAAGUAAAUUAUUUACAUUCAAGAUUGGGAACGGUUUUCUGUUGUAGUCUCCUUGCCCAGUUAGUAAAACUAGUUGUUUAAAUCAUUCAUCUAUUUGGUUUCUUCUUAACCUGACAUUUUGUAACUGGUUUUACCCUGUAUUAGUAAAAUUUCCCCUCCCCUUCUCCACCCAUUUACCAUCAGGUGUCCUGUGGAAAAAGGAAGAGAUAAUGCAAGUGAGUGAGGUGUCUGUACUUUCUCUUCCCUAACAACUGCCCUGUGGAAAUAAUCCUUUCAUAUGUUAAUAUUUAACCCAGCAAUGUUGAUAUAUUUGUCAUUUCUAGCAAACUGCCUUGGGAAAAGAAAUUAUCCUGAAAAGAUAUAAAUCACUGUCGUUAAAUGAAUAAAUACAUAAUAGCUUACUUAACUUGGGGAAGGGAAAGGUAGAGUUGCCUCUGUUUUGUAGCAUAAAUACUAAAAAACCUCAAUAGUUUAAUUAUAAAUCCAGGUCAGCAUCACCAUAGCAUAGGUGUUAUCAAAGUGCAACCUUCUAGCUGCUGUUGGAUUGCAACAUCUAGCAUCCCUCCCCAUUGGCUCUGUCAGCAAGGUCUGCUGGAAACUUGUCUAUAAACACUGUUGUAACAGAAAAUUUCAGUAUCGGUGGCAAAAGGCGCAAAAUGCUUGUAAGUAUACAAAAUAAACACUUCCUUCUCAGGAAAUUGUAAUCGAGGCUGCUUGUAUAAUAGAGGAGUGUUCAAAGUCAUUCCAAAGGAGUGUGUGGGACAUUCACUGGUUAGCAUUUUACAAUAUUGCUUCCUGGAAUUGUACCUAUGGUGUUUUCCCUCUGACUCAUUGUGUUUCCUGAAUUGUAUGCCAUGAAGUUUCUAGGAAAACUGGUAUCAAUUGGCUCCUGCUGUUUUUCUUUGAUUUUUGGGAACUUUGAGCUGAACAGAUGCCCUGCCCCUUAAAACUGGCUAAAGUUCCACACAUAAAAAAUAUAGUGAAUGUUUUGGUCAUGCCAGACCUAAAAGAUGCCAUUUUCAGUACAACCAAUUCUCUGCUUCCGUGCUUGGGUCAUCUCUCAUGUAGCUCAGCUGACUUCAGUAGCAUUUAAAUGAUGCCAAAUGUCGGUCAGCAAAUGGUUUGAGGCUGAAUUCACAUGACUGAUUCCCUGGCUGCCACUGAACAAGUUCAUUACAUACAGACUUCCUUAUUCAUUGAUGGAUGUAUUUCACAAGGUGAAAAAGCCAUCUGAUGAUCAUACAUUAAAGGCAAUUUUCUACAAUGCAGCAAUUGUUUGGAACUGCAGAAUGUGGCUUUCUGUCUGCUUUCUAGUCUCAUCAAGGGUGUGGUGACAGACCACGUGACUUGAAGGCUUGGCCUGAUGGUAAUAUCAGCUGCUCUAAACAAGGCGAGACAGUUUAUCUGCUGAAGCACAGUUGGUGUUUUGGCCUUUGGAUUAGAAAGAGUGAAGCAGCCUGCUUGAGACAUCAAAUUUGGCAACCAUGAAAGAGCAGCAAAUGGUCAAUGUUUACAUUUUAUUCAUAUGGGAGUGAAACUUUGUUUCUUGCCUUUUCAAAAAUGUUUUAAAUGUUUCUGAGUUUUAUAAACAGUUUCAUUAUAGCUUUAAAAUAAUUUUAUAUGCUUUUAGGUUUUUUAUAUAUAUAUUUUUAAUUUUGCAAGCCAUUUUGGCUUUGGCACCUCAAAAAUCAAUAUCAUUAUUAGAUAUAUGAAUCUUCUUGGUGGUCUCCAGUUGCGACGCAACAGAUUACGGUGUCAUAUACUGCAUGACAAGUCACUUUAGUCUUUGUGCUUUGUGCCCUCACUCCACCCCAUAUUUGUAGCAAAAUGUCUUUGGAUAAAACAAGAAUACAAGCUAAGUAAUUGAAUUAAUUUCAGAAAUUAAUUUUCAACCUUCCUUUCUUGCCUAUUUAAAUCCUCCCACUUUCAUUCUGCAAACUUGAUCAUCAUGUUCACUUGUGAGCUCUAUUGUUGUAUCAGCCUGGUGUUGCCGCAUAUCUGCAUUGAAAAUGGUUGUAUUUCACUUGCAGAAAGAGAAUUAUUAAUGAAGACGUGUUAGAAUCUUUUGACAAUAAAGAAUUCUUGUAAGUGG